AUGGCAAAUAAGUUAGAAGCUAUGAUUGAUAGAAUUGAAAGAAUUGUGGGACAAAAGAAUGCCCUCAAUUUGGAGAAGAGCACUGGAACGGAAACUUUGCUGUGGAGACCUGCAGUUACAUCUCAUGUGGACGUCUCUGAAGUGUGCGGAAGGAAGAAAGAAAAAGAAGAUAUAAUUAAGCUGAUGUUUAAUGUUGAGGGUGGUCCGUUGUCUGUAAUCCCCAUUGUGGGUAUGGGCAGGGUUGGGAAGACCACCUUAGUUAAUUUGGUCUAUAAUGAUGAAGAUGUGAGGCAAAAAUUUGAUCUUACUGUAUGGGACUUGUCUGCCUUAAAAAUAGUUCCUGAGUCAAUUGGGAAAUUCAUCCAUUUGUGCUAUUUGGAUUUGUCAGAGACAUGUAUUGAAAGUUUGCCUGAUUCGAUUGACACUCCUCUGAAAGCAAUGCCAAGGGGAUUGGGUAAUAUAAAAGAUUUGCAGUUUUUGAGUGACUUCGUUGUUGGCAGAGAGCAAGAGGCUAGCAUUGGAGAAUUGGGAGAAAUUUCAAAUUUGAAGGGUAUAAUUAAAAUUAGUAAAUUAGAGAAUGUCAAGAAUGGAAAUGAAGCCUGUGACGCGAGAAUGAUAGAGAAGAAGCACAUUAAAAGUUUAACAUCAUCAUGGGUGUGGUAUGAUGAUGUGGAAGAUACCAGGACUGAGAGAGAUAUUUUGGGCAAUCUUCAACCUUAUUGGGAUUUAGAAGAAUUGGAAAUUCAUCAUUAUAGGGGCACAAUAUUUCCAGAUUGGACUGCAGCACCUAACCUCUCUCCAACAUCUAAAGAUCUUGCAUGGUCCCAAGCUGGAGAAAAUGUCAGGAGAAAAGCCGUCUGCUUCUUUAAGAAAGCUUCACAUUUGGGACUGUCCGUUGCUUGA